CCCAGCAGUGCCACCUGUCAGUGUCCAUCAGUGCCUUGUGUCAGUGCUCAUCAGUGCCAGUGCCCAUCAGUGCCACAUCAAUGCCACAUAUCAGUGCCUACCAGUGCCCAUCAAUGCCACAUAUCAGUGCCCAUCAGAGCUGCCUUUCAGUUGCCAUCAGUGCCAUAUAUCAGUGCUGCCUUUCAGUGCCCAUCAGUGAUGCCUGUCAAUGCCCAUCAGUGCCACCUAUCAGUGUCCAUCAGUGCAGCCAAUCAGUGCCCAUCACUGCA